AUGAUGAAAAGAAAAUCUACACGGAGAGACAUGCAGCCAGAGGUGGAGGAGCGAGGACACUGGGGAAAUAAGGUGGAAUUUCUCCUUGCUGUGGCAGGAAAUGUUGUCGGCCUGGGGAACGUGUGGAGGUUUCCCUACCUCUGUUACAAAAAUGGAGGGGGUGCAUUCCUAGUGCCAUAUCUGGUAUUUGUGGUAACCUGUGGUGUACCCCUGUUCCUGCUGGAGACAACUAUAGGGCAAUUCACCCAGGAGGGUGGCAUUACCUGCUGGAGGAAGCUGUGCCCACUAGCAGAAGGGAUUGGCUUUGGUGGACAACUAAUCCUCUUCUAUAGCUGUAUGACCUACAUUAUUAUUCUGUCCUGGGCUUUGCUCUACCUCGUGUUCUCCUUCAGCUCUCAGCUCCCCUGGGCCUCCUGCAACAACGACUGGAACACAGAGGGCUGUGUAGACUUUUCAACAAAAAAUAACACCGUCCACUGGACCAACCAGACAAACUCGACCUCUGCAGCCACCGAAUUUUGGGAACGACGAGUGCUGAUGAUCUCAGGGGGCAUUGAGGAAAUAGGCAGCAUCCAGUGGGAGGUGCUGUUGUGCCUCAUUGCUAUGUGGAUCGUCUGCUACUUUUGUAUCUGGAAAGGAGUCAGAUCUACAGGAAAGGUGGUAUAUGUCACAGCUACCUUCCCCUAUGUGAUGUUGUUAAUUCUUUUGAUUCGUGGCCUCUCUCUUCCUGGAGCAUUCGAAGGAGUGAUGUUUUAUCUUCUGCCUGAACCCUCACGACUGAUAGACCCUCAGGUGUGGAUGGAGGCUGCGAGUCAGAUCUUCUUCUCCUACAGUAUCGGUGUGGGCUCCCUAACUGUGCUGGGAAGCUACAACAAAUACAACAACAACUGCUAUAAAGACUCUCUGAUGCUGUGUUUGCUGAACAGUGGUACCAGUGUUGUAGCUGGUUUUGCUGUGUUCUCAGUGCUGGGAUUCAUGGCUCAUGAGCAAGGCGUUCCCAUUGCAGAAGUCAGUUUCCUUAUUAUCUUGAUUAUUUUGCUGUUUGAAACUCUGGCACUGGGUUGGAUAUUUGGGGUAGAUAAGUUGUAUGACAUAAUAAAGGACAUGACAGGAACACGAGCCAACUACUUCUUUAAACUCUGCUGGCUCUACCUCACACCACUGGUCUCACUGGGCUCUUUUAUAUGUUCUUUAAUUGAGUACCAGCCUCUGACCUUUAAUCGGUGGUACAUCUACCCAUCCUGGGCAUAUGUGCUGGGGUGGAUACUGGCCCUCUCCUCCAUCCUGCUAGUUCCAGGAUGCGCCCUGUAUAAGCUGGGCACUGGGACUGGGACUCUAAGUCAGCGUUUCCAUCAUCUGUGCCAGCCUAAUCUUGAAAAUUUAGAGAACCAAAAGAGUGAAACUGAGCUAGAGACCAUAAGAGAACUUCUGCAGUAG